AUGGCAGAUCAAGAGGAGAAGCCGUCGGCUGCGCUGGCUGCGGCUGAGCGAAUCCGCCAGGCAACGUUGAAAGCCGCCAGCAAGGGAAUGUCUCGCGCGCAGGCAGAGAGGGCUGCGGCUGCUGCUGCUCGCAACGUGAACGCGUACGGGCAGAAGGAGGAAGGGCCGAGCCGCUGGCAGGAGCGCAAGGAGGCGAAGCAACGCAUGUACAUGGAAAGUACGGAGCAGGCGGCGAAGCUGGGCACGCGCGUGGACAUGCGAUCGGGCGCGGCCGGUGCGAAUCAGCAGUGCCAGAAGUGCUUUAAGCUGGGCCACUGGACGUACGAGUGCAAGAACGAGCGCGUGUACAUCGCGCGCCCCUCGCGCACGCAGCUGCUGCGCAACGCCAAGCUUCGCGACAAGUCAGCGCUGGCGGCGGGAGGGUUUGGCGGCGAUGACGACGUCGGGUUCGGGGCCGAGCGGAGCUUCUUGAUGGACCGGCGGUUCGAGGAACAAGCUGCGAUCGACCGCGCGAAGCAGAAGGAGAUAGAGACGCAGCAGAAGGAGGAGGAGAGGAAGAGGAGGGCUCAAGAGAAGAAGCGGAAAGAGGAGGAACGGAAAAUUAAGCGGGAGGAGCAGAAGAGGAAGGAGAAAGAGAGGCGGAAGAGGAAAGAGAAAGAGAGGGCGCGAAGGAAAGAGAAGGAGAAGAUGCGGAGGAAGAAGCGUGGGAAGAAAAAGUAUAGCGAGAGCGAGAGCGACAGUGAUGAGAGCGAUACGGACGAGAGUGACGACAGUGACACGGAGAGUGAUAGCGAAAGUGCGAGCGGGAGCGAGAGCGAGAGCGAGACGGCGUCAAGUGGAUCGGAGAGCGAUUCGGAGAGCGAGUCGGAGAGUGAGAGUGAUCGGCGGAGUAGGAAACGGCGUUCUCGCGGCGGUAAGAGGUCGCGCAAGAGAGGGUCGGGAAGAAAUGGCGGGUCCCGCAAGAAACGACGCAGAGGCGGUGACGACGAGAGCGAGAGCGAUAGUGAGAGUGAGAGUGAGAGUGAGAGUGGGAGUGAGACUGAAAGUGACAGCGAGAGCGACGGAAGCGAUAGUGAGGACGAGAAGUCAGGGCGGAAAAAGGGACGUAAAAGGGGAAAGGGUGGGAAGAAAGGAGGGACGGGAGGCCCUGACACGGCAGACGAGGAAGCGGCGACGAAGGUGAAGGGCCGGGGAAAGAAAGAGGCAGGUGUGGCGGACGAGGAGAGGCGUAGGGAGAAGCUGGCGGCCGAGGCGCGCGAGAGUGGCGGGGUGGAGGGCGGCGGGCGCGCGGGGCGAGAGAAGGGCGAGGCGAGGGCGCUGAGAGCAGGGGAAAAAGGGGAGAACGGGAGAAGCAGAGAGGGGAGCGAGGAGGAGCGGGACGAGAGGCGGCGGGACGAGGGCGUGGCGGUGAGAAGCGAGGAGCGCAAGGCAAGGGGCCAGGCUGACCGUGGCGCGGACGCGCGGGGCGAUGAGGAGCACGGUGGUGGGGGCUGGGAGAAGGAGAAGCAGGAGGGUGGUGCGAGGGGCGAUGCAGAGAGGGGCGGCAGGCCCCGAGGGUGGAGUGAGAAUGGCGACGGGGAUGGUGGCGAGCGCGAGGAGGGGGGCGUGGCGAGGGGGGGAGUGCACGGUGGUGCACAUGAUAGUGCAGGGGGGCGAGGUGGCAAGGGGCGCGAUGAGAGGCCGGGAGCGGAUGGCGCACGGAGGACGAAGGAUAAGGCUCGCAGGGUGAUGGAUAGCGGCAGUGGAAGCGAGAUCGAGAGUGAUGAGGAGAGCGGGAGCGAGAGUGAGAGUGAGAGUGAGAGCGAGAGUGAGGAGAGUGAGGGGAGGCGUAGGAAAGGAGCAGGGAGGAGGGAGGAGAGGGGAAGAGGCAAGGGCAACCUGAGAGCAAGCUGCAUGCUUCUGAGCAUCUGCUGGCUCAUGUGCCUUGGCUCCUCUGCUCCUUUUUCUCUGCUCCUCGGCUGCCUCUGCGUGUGCCACAGCAGCAUCCCCUGCUCGUCAUGCCUGCUGUAUGCCUGCUCUUAUCCGCCAGCAUGA